AUGCCUCCAGCUGAAGUCAAAAUCGAGUAUGAUACGAAGGGUAUGCCCUUCCGCCGCCUAGGCUCCAGUGGAUUGAGGGUGCCCGUGUUCUCGCUUGGAGGAUGGCUCACUCUUGGCGGCACUGUUGUCGGGGAUCCAGUCAAGGCAUGUGGCGCGAGGCUGCACUCAUGGCGAGACAUAAUCAAAACUGCUUUCGAUAAUGGCAUAAAUAUGUUCGAUACAGCAGAGGAAUACUCAAAAGGCAAAUCGGAAGAGGAAAUGGGGCGUGUCAUCAAAGAACUGGGGUUUCGCAGGUCCGACCUUGUCAUCACUACAAAGAUCUUCUGGGGCGUUCGACCUGGACCCAACGCUGGCGGACUGUCGCGGAAACACAUCAUUGAAGGAACAUUAGAGAGUCUACAGAGAUUACAGCUCGAUUAUGUUGAUGUGAUCUUUGCACAUCGCCCAGACCCAAAUGUUCCAAUGGAAGAGGUGGUUCGAGCGUUUAACUAUGUGAUAGAGAAAGGAUGGGCUUUCUAUUGGGGGACGUCUGAGUGGUCGGCCCGGGACAUCGAGGAAGCGCAUCACAUCGCUUCCAAACUCCACCUCAUUGCACCCGUCGCUGAACAAUGUCAACACCAUAUGUUCCACCGAGAGCGCCCCGAGAAGGAGUACAGCCCACUCUACAAGCACUACAAUAUGGGUACCACGGUCUACUCGGGGCUUGCCAUGGGUCUUCUUACAGGAAAGUACAACGAUGGGAUCCCGGAAGGAUCUCGACUCGCGACCAUCCCUCAGUUCAGUAAUACGGCCAAAAACCUCCAGUCCGAAGAGGGUCUCGCAAAAAUCGGCAAAGUCCAGCUCCAAUGCUCGGUUGCUGCCCUUGCGCUGGCGUGGCUCGUAAGGAACCCGAAUACGAGCACUGUGAUCCUCGGUGCUUCUAGUCCUCAGCAGGUCGUAGAUAAUCUGAAGGCGCUGGAGGUGAUCCCAAAACUUACGCCAGAGAUCAUGGAGAAGAUAGAGAAGAUCUUGGAUAACAAGCCUGAGCCCUUCUCCUCGAUUCUUACCAUGUCCUCGACGUCCUACUCCCGUCCAAGCUCGGCAGCGCCUCCAUCGCCUACGAACACGAGGCCCAGAAGCCCAUAUACCCCGCUGCACCCUAGACCGCGAGGUGCAAGUCGAUCAAAUACCCCAAUAAUUGCACGAGAUCGUGGUCCUUAUGGCCCUGUCCCAGACGAUGGUUCUCAAGCCAUUUACGAAAUGCUUUCCAAUAGACAUCGCCGCGAGGACGUCUCAUCAGAUGCAGCCAUAGCCCGAGUAGUAGCGGAAGACGAGAUCAUGGACUGGUCUUCUAGAAACUCCCCGAGACCCCCUUCUCAAGCUUCAGUACGGGCGUCGAAUGGUAUUGGGUUGGGAUAUCCAGGACGAGCGAACACGCCAGGCCAGAUUUCCCGACAGCGGAGCGAUUCUGCGCCUCAGAAGUAUCAGAUAUGGAGACCGCCAAGUGCCGCUGAUGUGCGUACUGUUCCGCGAGCUCCUAGUCGAUCUUCCAUGUCGGCUGCUCCUCCUCCAUCAUCGUCUGUACCCCGGCAUCCCGAUCAACCUCACUAUGGUUCACCUUUGCGGUAUCCAUCUGAGGAGGCAAGGCCGCCACCGAAUGGUUCAUAUCAUGGGGAACGACCGACGAGUCCAGUGGUCAUACCGCAUCGUACAUCAUCCCGACUUUCGGGUAGUAGACCUAUCAACAUGCCUGGAUCUACCGCUACGACCUAUCCACCUUCUCGACCAAAUAGCACGGCACCUCGAUAUGAACGACGGCCAAUCACGCCAGCUGUCAACGGGCAUCAUACACACGAUGCCAAUGGUGGUAGUUCGAGAGCGGGGACGCCAGCCAUGGAUAUGGUUGGGCGUCCUGUCAGUAGAGCCUCUGCUGCCGCUGCUAACGCCGCCAACCUUCGGUACGCCCCAGAUGAAGUUGUUGCUCGGCGGUUGGCUAGAGCGUGGAAUGUAGAGUCUUUGCAGCCCGAUAUCAUCAGCGAGGCCGUUGUUCAGAGCGAGAUCCAGUACAGGUCUGUAUCCAGCCCUUACCCACCGUCGGGACUGUCGAUGAGUCGCCCUCGCAAUAUUCCUGAAGAUAUCCCUUUGGUUGAUGAUCGGGAAAUGCCUCAUGGGCACCCUCCUCAUCGAACUGCCCUGCUACCUAUUCCUCCCUCUCCGCAGCCGUCAGGUGGAGGUAGUCGCGAUCGUAGCAGAACUCGAACUUCCACCCCGUCUGUAAACGGAUCAUCCGCGUCUGCGAGUAUAAACCAUCGACCACGAUAUCCCCUUAUUGAAGACGAUAUCGAUCUGUCCCGGCCUGACGUUGUCCUCCACCAUUUUCGUGAGCUCUUCAUCGGCCCUCGCUCAUGUCCCAGAUGCGGGGCGGACAUCACGUCUGAGCACCAGAGCGGCCGCGCAAUCGCCGUUUUCGAAACGCUAGUAAGCUUCGAUGAUGGCUACCGCGAGCAUGCACGUAUCAUGGGAUCAGGUGGCCGAGCAGCGAGACAAGAGUUCAACGACCUUGUGGCUUCGCGAACCGUAUCAUCAACCGCCGAGUGGGAGAAGAUGAUCGUUGGGGCGAUGAAGACCCUUGAAGUUUUCUUGCGGAAUCCAGAUGAAGAGGACGAGAAUUACAAGCCCCACCCUUCUAUGAAGCAUCUCUUUCUCAUGUCAGGUCUUCCCGAAGUGAUGGAGAGUUUACUGGGCAAUCGAAACGUCAGCGAUUGGGUCGCCCAUAGUGACGUCUAUUGCGCGAUGCUAUCAACGCUCAAAUGCAUGUCCAACUCAGGCCUGUCGGACUUGCUAAAAGAUCCCCUCCCCGUCAUUAACCAGAGCGACGGAAUCGGGAGCUGGAUGCGGGGGCAUGGGAAGAUAACCUGGGAGUCAAGCAGCGGGAAGGACAGUAUCGCUCGUUCCCCUCCCGUAUACGAGGCAGUUAAGGGACUGGAGAGGCAUAGACGGCCUUUAUUGGAGCUUGCAUCGAGGAUCAAGUUUCCAGCGACGGUCAAGAAAAUACAAGCACUUUGCGAUGGAAUCCUGUAUCUUCUACUCCAGCAAAUGAUGGUUUAA